AGCCAUGACGGGCGGCGGCGCGGCGUGCUAGAGGGCGAGCGCGGGGCGCGCAGCAGCGCGGAGGGGCCGCCGCCGCCGCCAUGGGGAACGCGGGGAGCGUGGACUCGCAGCAGACGGAGUUCAGGGCGCACAGCGUGCCCCUCAAGCUGCCCAUGCCCGAGCCCGGGGAGCUGGAGGAGCGCUUCGCCGUCGUGCUGAACUCGAUGAACUUGCCUCCUGACAAAGCCCGGCUGCUGCGGCAGUAUGACAAUGAGAAGAAGUGGGAGCUCAUCUGCGACCAGGAAAGGUUCCAAGUGAAGAAUCCCCCGCACACGUACAUCCAGAAGCUGAAGGGCUACCUGGACCCAGCUGUCACCAGGAAGAAAUUCAGGAGACGAGUCCAGGAAUCUACACAAGUACUCCGAGAACUGGAAAUUUCUUUGCGAACAAACCACAUUGGGUGGGUCAGGGAGUUCUUGAAUGAAGAAAACAAAGGCCUGGACGUACUAGUGGAGUACUUGUCGUUUGCACAGUAUGCAGUCACGUUUGACUUUGAAGGCUUGGAGAACAACGUGGAAAACUCAAUGGACAAGUCCAAGCCUUGGAGUCGGUCGAUCGAGGACCUGCACAGGGGCAGCAAUUUGCCCUCACCAGUUGGCAACAGCACCUCGCGCUCAGGCAGGCACUCCACGCUGCGGUACAAUACUUUACCGAGCCGAAGAACUCUAAAGAACUCCAGACUAGUGAGUAAGAAGGACGAUGUCCAUGUCUGCAUCAUGUGUUUACGUGCCAUCAUGAACUACCAGUAUGGAUUCAAUAUGGUCAUGUCGCACCCGCAUGCCGUUAACGAAAUUGCACUAAGCCUGAACAACAAGAAUCCCAGGACAAAGGCCCUUGUCCUAGAGCUCCUGGCUGCUGUUUGUCUCGUCAGAGGAGGGCAUGAAAUCAUUUUGUCUGCAUUUGAUAACUUCAAGGAGGUGUGUGGAGAGAAACAGCGCUUUGAGAAGCUGAUGGAGCACUUCCGAAAUGAAGACAACAACAUAGACUUCAUGGUGGCUUGCAUGCAGUUCAUCAACAUCGUUGUGCACUCGGUGGAGGACAUGAACUUCCGGGUCCACCUGCAGUACGAAUUUACAAAGCUGGGCCUGGAUGAGUAUUUGGAUAAACUGAAACACACAGAGAGUGACAAACUGCAGGUGCAAAUUCAAGCGUAUCUGGAUAACGUUUUUGACGUGGGAGCAUUACUGGAGGAUGCUGAAACCAAGAAUGCAGCCCUGGAAAGAGUUGAAGAACUGGAAGAAAACAUUUCCCAUUUAUCUGAAAAACUCCAAGAUACGGAAAAUGAAGCCAUGGCAAAGAUUGUGGAACUGGAAAAACAGCUUAUGCAGAGAAACAAAGAACUGGAUGUGAUUCGGGAAAUCUACAAAGAUGCCAAUAGCCAGGUUCACACCUUGAGAAAAAUGGUGAAGGAAAAAGAGGAAGCCAUCCAGCGACAGUCAACACUGGAGAAAAAGAUCCAUGAACUGGAGAAGCAGGGGACCAUUAAGAUCCAGAAGAAAGGCGAUGGUGACAUCUCUAUCCUUCCUGUUGCUCUGGCCUCUGGGAUGGUGCCGGUGGGGGCAGAGGCUGCAGCUGGCACGUGUGUCACACCGGCUGCUGGAGCUGCAUCUUCCGUACCACUGCCACCACCUCCACCACCGUUACCAACCUUAGCAGCAUCGGAGGCAGUACAAAAUGGCCCCGUGACAGCACCAGCGCCGCCUCCACCACCACCGCCGCCUCCACCACCACCCCCAGCACCGCCACUGCCAGGCCCUGCCCUGGACACGGCUCCUGCUGCCCCGCUGCCCCCACCGCCCCCGCCGUCAGCACCCCCCCUGCCCGGCACCUCCUCUCCCACCGUGGUGUUCAACUCAGGGCUUGCAGACGGGCCGAUCAAGCUCUUCUCUGUGAAAAUCAAGAAGCCGAUCAAGACCAAGUUCCGCAUGCCAGUAUUCAACUGGGUCGCCCUCAAACCCAACCAGAUCAACGGGACGGUGUUCAACGAAAUAGAUGAUGAAAGGAUCCUGGAGGAUUUAAAUGUGGAUGAAUUUGAAGAAAUAUUCAAAACAAAAGCCCAAGGUCCAGCCAUCGAUCUUACAUCAAGCAAGCAAAAAAUAACUCAGAAAGGAUCUAACAAAGUCACAUUACUGGAUGCAAACAGGGCCAAAAAUCUUGCCAUCACUUUAAGGAAAGCUGGAAAGACGGCGGAUGAAAUAUGCAAAGCUAUUCACGUGUUUGACCUGAAAACGCUGCCUGUGGAUUUUGUUGAGUGCCUCAUGAGGUUUCUGCCCACUGAGAACGAGGUGAAGGUGCUGCGGCUCUACGAGCGGGAGAGGAAACCCAUUGAGAACCUGUCUGAUGAAGACCGUUUCAUGAUGCAGUUCAGCAAGAUCGAGAGGCUGAUGCAGAAGAUGACCAUUAUGGCAUUCAUAGGCAACUUUGCUGAAAGCAUCCAGAUGCUGACCCCGCAACUUCACGCCAUAAUAGCUGCGUCUGUCUCAAUAAAGUCAUCUCAAAAGCUUAAGAAAAUUCUGGAGAUAAUCUUGGCUCUCGGUAACUACAUGAACAGCAGUAAGCGAGGAGCGGUGUAUGGAUUUAAGCUACAGAGUCUAGACCUGCUCUUAGAAACGAAGUCAACAGACCGAAAACAAACCCUGUUGCACUAUAUUUCUAAUGUCGUCAAGGAGAAGUACCAGCACGUAUCCCUCUUUUACAAUGAACUUCAUUACGUGGAGAAGGCUGCUGCAGUGUCUCUAGAAAAUGUCCUCUUGGAUGUGAAGGAGCUCCAGAGAGGCCUGGAUCUGACGAAGCGUGAGUACACCAUGCAUGACCACAACACGAUGCUGAAGGAUUUCAUUCAGAACAAUGAAGGAAAGCUGAAGAAACUGCAGGACGAUGCCAAAAUUGCACAGGAUGCCUUUGAUGAUGCUGUGAAGUAUUUUGGGGAGAAUCCGAAGACAACACCCCCCUCAGUCUUUUUCCCAGUGUUUGUCCGAUUUGUGAAGGCCUAUAAGCAAGCAGAAGAAGAGAACGAGUUGAGAAAAAAGCAGGAACAGGCCUUAAUGGAAAAACUGAUGGAACAGGAAGCGAUGAUGGAGCAGCAGGACCAAAAGUCUCCUUCUCAUAAAACAAAGAGGCAGCAGCAGGAGCUAAUUGCAGAGCUCAGGAGGCGGCAGGUCAAGGAUAACAGGCAUGUGUACGAAGGGAAGGAUGGUGCUAUUGAAGAUAUCAUAACAGCCCUAAAGAAGAAUAAUAUCACUAAAUUCCCAAAUGUUCACUCGAGGGUAAGGAUUUCUUCUAGCACACCGGUGGUGGAGGAUGCACAGAGCUGAUCUUCGAAACCAGCCGUACCGCCGGGCCGACGCGCUGAGGAGGAGCGUGCGGCGGCGCUUCGACGACCAGAGCCUGCGCUCUGCCAAUGGCACCGAGAUCACCAUGUGAGCUGAGGCCUCUGCGGAGCCGGGCUGCCAGCGGUGCCCUCCCUGCCCGCCUUGGGAACAGUACGGUUACCCCCUAAAGGGCUCAGACACCUAGAAAUGCAUAGGAACGUCAGCGAUGGGCUCUCCACUCAGCCGUAGCUAACAAGUGCCUAAAAUGGAAGUACCUGCUCAAAUUAACCGAAGCAAUAGGACUUGAUUUGAUUGGGUAUCUUUUGACACCAAUACAUUAUUCAGUAUUUUUAACCAAAAAGUAAAGUAUGUGUUGUUUUGGGGUGUUUAGUUGGGUUUGAUUAUGUGAAAACUUAGCGAUCGGUCUUCUGUUGGCCGGACCUGGAUCCCCACUGGUUGGAAGGAGGUAACUCUGGAUGUGCUCUGCUGCUGGGCUUCUACAUGCAUUCCUGUCCUUGGCCGAGGGCUGACCUUGGCUUCAGCUGCACUUACUGGCUUUUCUUUUGUUAAAGAAACAGAACACUUAAGGGCUUUCUGUAUCUAGUAGGGAAAUAGCGACAAGAAGAGCUCCGUACCUUGUUCCGCCAUACAGACCCUGUGCGCCACAGCUGGACGUGGUAACGCAGUUGUGUGCUGAGGAGACCUGUGGGCAGGGAAGCUUUUGUUGGCUGUAAGGCUCGGGGUUUGGUGGUGUGCAGUGUGGGGCUGAGGCACGAGGGGCACGGGGGGAACCGGCACAUUGUGAUCGCACAGCGUGGGAAUGGCAGAGAACGCAUCGCCUGCCCUUCAGCUAGAGGCAACUUUCAUCUAACAGUGUAUUUAUUAAUUAGCACUAAGGUAUUAACAUCUCAGUUAUCACCACUAGGGUUCCGAGGACCAUUACAGCUCCAUACUAGCACAGAGAUCGCGUUAGUGCCCCAUGCAGCUGCGUCUCCCUUUGACAAUCGCGCUCCAAUUCAGUCCCAGGGCUCACACAUUCAUCAGCUGCCCUGUGAGGUUUGCAGUCACAUCCCAAAGCUCCCAACAGGCCGGAUUGGCGCCCUGUGCACCCUGCAUGGCCUGCAGCACUGCCUGGAGCCGGCCCAAAGGAGGAGUGUGGCCGCAGCCCUGUCUGUGCUUCCGAGCUCGUUGUGCUCACAGCUUCCCCUCCUGGCAUCGCCGCCUCAAUACGUUCAUUGUAAAAUUUAUUGUAUAGUAUUUAACCACUGAAUUUCUUUUCUUUUACGUUGUGCUUAUGUGAACCACUGGUGAAGGUCCCGUUUUUCUUGGAUAAUGUGUAGUUAUAUGAUAAUCUGUUUUUAAAUGUACAGAUAUUUUGCUACAAAAUCGGUGCCGUUUUUUAUGGUUUUUACACUCCUUUCACUCCCACUUUUGCCUCUGGGUAAUAUUGUAAAUAUUGUUUAAAAAGCAAACAAACAAACAAAAAAGCAUCAGCCUGUGCUAUACAAUCCGAAUGUCGACUUAACUUAUCGUUUGUGUUUUUAUAUUUAACCGAGUGGGCAGCUGAGGGCUCAGUCACCGCAUUGACCUCCGCUCACCCAUCCACACAGCGCUCCCUUCAUCGGCAGCCAGGCGGUGGUGGUCGGCGGUGGUCGGCGGGCUGGGAGCUCUGCUGCCUCAUUCCUGUGCUCAAAGGUAUUUUUCUUUUUUAAACCUAAGGCAGAAACGAUCGUUGGACUGCAGUGCAACGCUGGCAUGUUCUCUUUCAUCUUUUUCUAGUCAUAGAUCUGCUUCUUAGCAAUAUUAGAAGUGUUUUAUAAAAGCAGUUCAUGUUACUUUCCUGGUCUGUUCCUGGCAUAAGAGCAAAUAAACUAUUUACACUACUACACCGUAA